AUGACGACGCUCUCGCUCUCGUUCUGGGUGCCGCUGCUGCUGCUACUAAGCUGCGUUUUCGGGGAGCACUACCACCGCCACACGAAUAAUUGGGCGGUGAUUGUUGAUACGUCUCGCUUCUGGAGCAACUACAGACACGUGGCCAAUGCACUGUCGCUUUAUCACUCUGUUAAGCGUCUCGGUAUCCCGGACAGUCAGAUCAUCCUAAUGCUGGCGGACCAAAUGCCAUGCAAUGCUCGCAACUGUUUCCCAGGACAAGUGUUCAAUAGUCGAACGCAGAAGAUCAACCUCUAUGGUAAGAACGUCGAAGUAGACUAUCGCGGUUCGGAGGUGUCGGUCGCCAACUUUAUCACCGUCCUAACGGGCCGCCAUGAGCCUGGGACGCCUGCAUCGAAGAAGUUGGACACGGACGAGAACAGCAACAUCUUCCUUUACAUGUCCGGACACGGUGGCGACGGGUUUCUGAAAUUCCAGGACUUUGAAGAGAUGUCGAGCCAGGACCUUGCCGACUCUAUUCAGGAAAUGCAUGUCAAGAAGCGCUACAACGAAAUCUUCUUCAUGGUCGACACAUGUCAGGCAGGCUCGCUGUCCAAUGCUCUCGAAUCCCCCAAAGUGGUAACCAUCGGCAGCUCGCAGACAGGCGAGAACUCGUACGCCCACCACUCCGACUUUGAGUUGGGGCUCUCUGUCAUCGAUCGCUUUACCUUCUCGACGCUGGACUACCUCCAACGCAUGAAGGUCGGCGACUCCAUCCGCAACGGGACUCUCCGGGACCUCUUCAACUUUUACGACCCGAAAAUGCUUCUGUCGACACCUGACUACCGAACUGACAUCUUAGGCCGCUCCAUUGACGAGGUACCCAUCACAGACUUCCUCGGUUCAAUGCUGGAUGUGCAUCUUCACUUCGACGACGAAGCCUUUGAGUUUACCAACGACUUUUUCUUCGGAGUCGCUGCAGCUGUGAUCGGUGCCGUGGUCGUGACCACGAAAGCGAUCUAA